AUGAUUCGUUUUGCCGUCAUAUAUAGAGCGAGAGAUGGCUUGGCCUUGUCAGCAUCGACCGAUCUGGACUCAAGCCUUGAUCUGAUAGAAAGCAAGAAGCUUUCAAAGUUAUUGUCGAAGAAGGCGCGUCAAUUUCCAACAAAAUGCUUCAUGAAUGUUGGCAAUUUCAAUAUAUUCUUUCUUACUGAAAAUGAUGUGUGUUGUCUGAUGAUCUGCGAGAAGAGUUAUGCAGCUGUUCUUGCAUUCAGCUUUCUUGAUGACAUAAAGAAAGAAUUUCUGCAGCAGUACCCAAAGCCAGCAAUUGAGCAGACAGUCAGGCCUUACUCUUUUAUUGAAUUUGAUAAUUUUAUUCAACGAACAAAGCAAAAAUAUAACAAUCCAAGGUCUCUAACUGUGAGAAUAGAUAUAGGAGCACUUACAAAAGAGCUACAAAGUGAUCCACCUUACCAAAUAACAUAUGCAGAUAUUAGCAACAAAAAGACAAUUACAAGUAGUCCUGUUUCAAUUAAAGGCUCCGCUCAUAAGUUGGCCCCUUUGAGUUGGAUUGGUAUAGUAUCAUGUUGUCUUUGUCUGCUCUGUGGUAUAAUGAAUCUCAUCAGAGUUAUACCUUUUGUAAGUGAGCAUGGAAAUGAACCACAAGAAGAGAGUGGAUGGGUGUUAAAGGCAAUGUCACUCCUUUUUUCUGGAAUUCUUAAUGGAUGCCAGUGCUAUUUACUGAUGUAUCCGGUGAAUUGGAGACAACGACUUAACAUCAUAGCUUGCAUUACCAAUAUAUCAGUCAUUCUGCUGCUGAGGGAUUUAAGGAACAGUUUUGAACUUUUGUGGCAUCUUGCAGUGUCCCUGUUCAUCACAAUACAGACUUGGCUUCGGCCUGAACAAGGAAAACUUCCUGAUUAUAAUGUUUGACCUUCCCCCCUUUUUGCAGCGUUUGAAGAAUAGAUAUAGUUUUAUUUUGUUGUAAUGAAUAUUAAAUGGGGAGCAUUGCAUUUUUUAAUACACUUGGUCAGUCUCUUUGACUGCUGUUCUGAACGCUUAGAACUAUGGAGUACUGUGUUCAUGGAGCAGCGUCCAUACUCCUUUUUCUUGUUGUCUUUUGCAAAGUGCAGGCUCGUUGAAAUUUGUUGACAAUUAUAACCAAUUAUAACUAGCAGUAAUGAAGAAGACUUAGCACGUCACGAUAUAUUUAUUCCUUGAAACAAUUGUUGAUG